AUUUCAUUACUACAUAUUAUAGCAACCUGUUGAAGAGAAAAGAACCGAAACUUCGGACCCAGAGAUGAUGACCAUACUGAAAACAGCACAUUAUAACUUUCUCUCUCCGCCCAAACUAAGAUUCAUCGUCUUCUCCACCGCCACUACCACCUGGUACACCCCACCACCAUCAAACCACCAUCACAAUGAACAAGACCCAAUCCUUACAACCCUAUCUCAAGCCAUCAAGAACGCCCCAGCAAAGCCUCUCGAUACCUCUCUCAAGAAGCUAAUCUCUUCCCUCACAACCCGUCACAUUAUCAAUCUGAUCAACCUCAACCCUCACACUCUCGACCCACAUUCUCUCUUCUCGUUCUUCACAUGGCUCUCUUCUCAACCCCGCUUUCGCCACACCGUUCAAUCUUACUGCACCAUGACCCACUUCCUCUGCGCCCACCAGAUGCUCUCAGAAGCACAAAAUUUGAUCCAAAUCGUCGUCUCUCGAAAAGGGAAGGGCUCUGCGUCUUCGGUUUUCGCUGUAAUUCUCGAAACCAGAGGUAACUAUCGGUCCAAUUUUGUGUUCAAUGCUCUUAUGAAUGCUUAUCUUGAUUCUGGCUUUGACUUUGAUGCGAUGCAGUGCUUUCGUUUGGUACGAAAGCAUAGAAUUGGCAUCCCAUUUCAAUCAUGUGGCCUGCUUCUUGACCGACUGAUGAAAUCGAAUAACCCUUCGGCCGCUUGGUCAUUCUAUUUGGAGAUUUUGGACUGUGGGUUUCCUCCAAAUGUUUAUAAUUUCAACAUUUUGAUGCAUAAAUUUUGUAAGGAUGGUAAAAUUGAAGAAGCCCAAUUGAUUUUUGAUGAAAUUGGGAAAAGGGGUUUGAGGCCUAGCGUUGUUAGUUUCAAUACUUUGAUAAAUGGGUAUUGCAAGCUGGGUAAUUUGGAGGAAGGGUUUUCGUUGAAGAGGGUUAUGGAGGAGAGUAAAAUUUUUCCUGAUAUAUUUACUUACAGUGCGCUGAUUAAUGGGUUGUGCAAGGAAGGUAAGUUGGAUGAUGCAAAUCAGUUGUGUAAUGAAAUGUGUGAGAGAGGGCUGGUACCGAAUAAUGUUAUUUUUACUACUCUGAUAGAUGGGCAUUGCAAGAAUGGGAGGGUUAGUUUGGCUAUGGAAAUAUAUCAGCAAAUGUUGGGGAAAGGUGUGAAACCUGAUUUGAUUACGUACAACUCCCUCAUCAAUGGCCUUUGUAGGUAUGGAGAUUUGAAAGAAGCAAGGAACCUUGUUGAAGUGAUGAUUAGCAGGGGCUUGAAACCAGACAAGAUCACGCACACUACACUAAUUGAUGGAUGUUGCAAAGAGGGAGAUCUGGAAUCGGCUUUAGAAAUUAGGAAGGGAAUGAUCAAGGAAGGGAUUGAGCUUGAUAAUGUGGCUUUCACUGCCCUUAUUUCGGGGUUGUGCAGAGAGGGAAGAAUUAUUGAUGCAGAAAGAAUGCUGAGAGAGAUGUUGACAGCAGGUAUGAAACCUGAUGAUCCCACAUACACCAUGGUCAUCGAUGGUUUUUGUAAGAAGGGAGAUGUUAAGAUGGGUUUCAGGCUGCUCAAGGAGAUGCAGAGGGAUGGACAUGUACCUGGUAUUGUAACCUAUAAUGUGCUUAUGAAUGGGCUGUGUAAGCAAGGACAGAUGAAAAAUGCUAGUAUGCUCUUGGAUGCGAUGCUUAAUCUAGGGUUGGUUCCGGAUGACAUUACUUACAACAUCCUAUUGGAUGGGCACUGCAAGCACGGAAACCUGGUGAAUUCUGAUAAACUACGCAGUGAGAAAGGUCUUGUUCUUGAUUAUGCUUCUUAUACUUCACUCCUGAGUGGCUUCAGUAAAGCCUCAAAAGAUCACUACAAGAGAUGAUGAUGUGUGUGUUUAGAACAGUAAAAGUCCCAGGGAGGUUGGCCAGUAGGUAAUGAAUGCAAGCCAGUAAGUGAAUUCACAUAGACUUUAGUUUGUUUUCUUUGCUUACUCUAUAUGCAAAUCAGCCUUGACACGAUGACUCUGAAGGUUGAAGCUUUUAUAUGGAAGUUCUGUAAGUUGACCAGAAUAAAUUUACUAUGUUAAAGAGACGAGGAUCCUGUCUAAACAGUCCUGAAGUUUGGACCACCAGAUUAUCUUGAUAUUUCAGGGCCUUUUAGAAAGGGAUGAGCUAUUGAUGCAGAAAGAGGCUUGGACAAGGAUCAGAUGCCAUCAUAGUGUUAUCAUUGAUGGGUUCUGUGCAAAAGGGGACAUAAGAUGCAUGCCUAUGCCAUGCAUAGAGUUUCCAUUGAUGGGUUUUUUGCAGCGGCAUGUCUAGCUGCUCCAGGAGAUAUGUAGUGUGUGCCAUGCAUCAGGGGUCGGAAACUAUAAUGUUCUUAUGAGCAGAGGAAGACUGCUUCAUUGCUCUCAAAGGUGAUGCUUAAUUUGAGACCGUUCUUGGUUACUGUGACCUACGACAUUUUAUUGGAAAGGCAUUGUGAGUAUGUUAAACCAGAAGAUAUUAACUAAUUUAAGAAAUGAGCAAGGGCUUAUUUCCUGAUCAAGCUUAUCAUGCUUCACUAUUGUAAGUUCACUUAAAACCCCGAUGAAUGGUCACCAGAGAGUUGUUGCAUGUUCAGAAAACAUUAUCUCUUCUAGUUUGGCUUGGUUACAAGUGAAUGCAGAUCUACUCGACUUAUAAUGGCUUGUAGUCUAUUCUUAUUGGAAAAGAUUGGAUGUUCCGAUGUGUUGUUAUCUUUGGAGGUAGUUGUUACUUAAGUGUCCAUUAUAAUCUUGUUUUCAAUUCUAUGAGGAGUUGAAGUCAGUGACAUGGUUUUGCUAUAUUGAUAUUGAAAAUGGGAAUUUUGAUUAGAUGCUGCUGAUGCAAAUCCUUCACAAAACUUCAACAGUGGUCUUUAGCAGCAGUCAGCAUUGGAUUCAUGGGUGACAGACCCUUGUGCAGAAGUGGAAUUCCAAUCACUUAGUGGUAGUUUUCUAUGGGAUAUUUUAAUGUUUUUGGAUUUGAAUGCUUUGAGAACUACAUUGAAGUGGAUGCCAUUUUUGUGCAAAUAGCAUCUCUUGGGAGUUUAUAUGUCUUGUGGCAGAUGAUAAAUGAAGAUGAUUUUAUUGCUCCUCUUCCCCGGAAUUGCUAUUAAGCAGGUUCUCAUGUACAGAAUAAGUUGAGUUUUUUUUUUUUCCUUGGCAAGAAACUCACACGCCCAUUUGCCCUCUACGAGGACUUGAAUCCUUACCUUUCACUUUAGGAGGAUGAGGAGAUACCACCAAGCUAGAGCAGCUGAUAAUGAUGGGAAGUUUAAGUUUACUUUCAUAUUCUAUGUGUAGAUAACGAAACAUAUUAACAUAGAGAUCAUGGACAUAGUCUAGUUUUGUAACUUUAUAUAUAUAUAUUAUAUUACUAGUUUUUUCUAUGCCAAAGAAGAG